UGUAUAUAUUCUGAAAGUGGAAAAUUGUUUAUUUCUCGACUGCGGCCAUCUUUUCUCUGGCUGUUCUCUUUGUCCGUGUUGUGUGCGAGUGUAAAACAGCGAAGGUUAGAUAACUCAACCAGUAAACAUGACUAUCGAAAAGGAUAAGCCAGGAAAACUGUACAUCAGAGGGUUACCUGAGGAUUGCGAUGAAAAAACCCUUGAGGAUGCUUUUGGAAAGUUUGGAAAGAUGUCGGAAGUUCUUUUGAUUCGCAACCGAGAAACACAGAAGCCCAGAGGUUUUGCCUUUAUCACAUAUGAAAACCCUGCGGAUGCCGAUGAUUGUUGUUCAGCAAUGAAUGGAAAGAUCGCGGAGGCCGGGGAGGAUUCCGCGGGCGCGGCGACUACGGCGGGAGUCGCGGCAGGGACAGCGGUGGCUUCAACGACCGUGUGAGCCGCGGUGGGUUCAGCAGCGACCGCUCCAGCCGCGGCAGUCGCGGCAGUUUCUCGAGCCGCGGCGGGUUCAGCGACCGCGGGGGAGGAGGAGGACGGGGAGGAUUCAGCAGCAGAGGGUCGUCGAGAGGAGGACGCGGCGGACCGCCGGACAGAGGUGGAUAUGGCGAUCGGUCGCUUCCACACAGGUACGACGCUCCGAGUUAUGAUAGACCACAUGGUGGAUACAGCGAUCGAUCGUCAUCGGGCGGGUACCAGGAUAACGGUUAUGGUAGAUCUUAUGGUGGCAGCCGCGACAGCUACGGAUCGGGGCAGGACAACUACGGUGGCCGCAGCUCCGACAGCUACGGUGGCAGCGGAUCCCGUGACUUUGGAGGCUCCAGGGACGCUGGCGGAUCCAGAGAUUUCGGCGGAUCGAGGGACGUCGGCGGAUCGGGCAGCAGUUCCUACGGCGCGUCCGGGGGCGGCGGAUACGACAGUUACGAUCGCGCUCCGGCUAGAGAAUCAUACGGAGGAGGCUCGAGUGGUUAUGGCAGCAGUGGGCCGUCGUCGCGCGAAAGCUACGGCGGCGGCGGUGGCGGUUACCACGGCAGCAGCGAGAGCAAGAGCUACGACUACGGUGGCGGAUCCGGCAGCUACUCCCGCGAGUCGGGCGGCUACGGUGGCGGAGAUUACAGCGGACGCGCCGGCGCUUCAGACUACGCGCCGCGCUCGGAGGGACGCGAGAAAUCCCACUACGAUCCAUACGGGGGAGGCUCAUCUGGUGCCUAUGGGAGCAGUUACGACAGUCAGAGCAAGGACUAUGGUGGCACAGCACGCGGUGGAGGUUAUGGCAGUGAUUCUUAUAGCAGCAGCUACAGCCAAGGGGAGCGGGGUGGCGGCGGCGGCGGCGGCUAUUCGUCGCGUGACUCUGGCGGCCGCUCGGCACCCCCGCGCAGAUACUAGAGCGCCCGCCGCCGCCGCGUGCUACGGCGAGUCGUUAGCGUGUCUCACGUAGGGAAAAGCCGCAAAAAAAGAUCCAAUCGAAAUGCAGAACAUGUCGAUGCGGCAUUGGUCCGAGUCGGAUCGUCGGAAAGGCGGCACGUGCUGUUUCGCGUAACCGAAAUGUUAAAAAAAAUACGGCGUUGUCCGAAGAAAAAAAAACUACGUUUGCACUGGUUGUCCGUGCCGCGAAAGAACGCGACAUUGAAGCAGCGCGAAUCAAACGAAACCACGAACAACGCGCGAUCGUGAAAGCGUCUGCGUGCGUUACGAAAUUAGGAGGGGGCGGCCGCUAAUGCCGUGUACGCAAAAGGUAGCGGCCACGUGAACGUGGCAGCGUAGAGCGGUCUUACAAACGUCCUUGCCACAGUAUUAAACCACCGGCGGUGCGCCAACGAUGUGUUCUUGCAUUCAAUGUCAGUUUGGGACCUGAAGGAAACGGCUAGCGGAAAAUACGAGAGGGCAGAUAACGUUAAAAUUGUGUAGGUGACGACAACGCACUGUGUUGUGCUGUAUACCCCCCUAACCAUGUUCGGUUUUUUUUUGUCCAUGCCUUUCCUCUGCCCUAAACUAUGUUCAAGUGUACGAGGUAGUUUUAUCUAUCUAUAGCGUUUGCGUGUAAAUAUACGACUUCGAAUUCGGAUUCGGAUUUCGCACAGCAUCCCGAGUCUGAACGUGGCAGGUAGACCCACACGUGUAUAAUGUAUUCACUGCUCUAAUCACGCACUAAGAGAUAGAAAUGAACGUGAAUGACUGCCACAAGCAUCAACUAUAAGCAGUUUAAGUGAAGUAUUUAAUUAAAAUUGUACAAAGCCGCACAGUUUUGCAUUUGCGAAACAUUUCGUCUAUACACGUAUUAAUGAGCAUGUAGGUUUAGGCAAGCUAUUAUCUUAUCGUUAGUUAUUGUGUGGAUAUUUGUCAAUCUAAAAUCAAUGCACUUGAGUGAGGUCUGUGUACACGUAUACGCGUUCGGGUCUGAAAGAGGCGCUUUUAAACGAGAAACGGGCGGUUGCGUGACUCGUGUUGUGACGGUUUGUGUAGUAAGUGUUUUAUCUUGUAUUUUAUUUCACAAGUCGUACAUACUCAGUACUAAAUAUGACAGACUAAACUCUAUUGCAUUCUGAAUUUUGUGAGUGCAUACUGCCCUGUAAUGCUGUAACACCGUAUCUUGUUCGUGUCUACAUUUUAUCUUGAAUAAACAUACAUUCCUGUGGAAACCAUGGUAAAAUAUUUUACAUUAGGAUGUUAAAAAAUUGUACGUCAGAAUAUUCUUUGCGGACUGGAUAAUAACAAUUUAAAUUAAAUGUUUGCUAUACACAACUUGUACCAUUAAAAAUUUUAAAUCUUA